AUGUCACGUUUUACUCACGUAGUACAAGCUUAUUCUGUUCUUUUCUUGGUAUGGACAUAUGUUCCUCAACGCUGGUUACAUGCACUUGGGAUUUUUUACUACCCUAGCAGGUAUUGGGCGUUGGCAGUGCCAGCUUACACUAUGGUGACUAUAGUCUUAUCAUUAUCUUUUUACAUCGGCCUCAAUUUCAUGUCGACUACAUCAACUUCCUUAAAUACAAUGUUUGAUGAAUUCAGCAGAGAACCUUCAAAUCCUGUUUCUUUAGCGGAGGGAGGUGAGCAGCCAAUUGAACCCAUCUCUGAUAUUGGCAUCCACAAAACUAAUGUUCUCAUGUUUAAUAAUGGAAAAUGA